AUGACUCGCUACUGGCUUACACAACUCAACUUGCAUCAAUCUGCUGAGAACAUCACCUCCCCAGUGCCAUAUGCUGUUCUCAAGAAAUUUGAUGACCUCGGCAUAUCUACACCACCUAUUGCUUCCUCUCUAGCCUUGUCCUUAGCAAUUCACCUCCAGUUGGCUGCUUCGAAGGGUUUGGAUGUCUUGGAUCAUCCUACAACAAAGAUUGUCCUUACUCAGUUGUUUAAGACCUGGCCGUUGUGUAUCUACCCGAACAAGCGCCAUGCAACAAACUAUCAUCGCUUUCUGUCUUUGCUCAGAGCCCCAACUGAUAAACCGGCAGACAUCAGUCUAUCACUCUUGCUCACACAAGAUAUUAUGUGCCGAGUUACGUCUUUUCCAGAAGACCUCGAGGAAUAUCGAUCACUGCUUCAGGCACUCGGCGGCGCGUGUUCAAAGGCACAGUUGAACCAAGCCGCUGUACGUCAUAUCGAGAUGAAGCUCAAAAACCAAACUCGUGAUGAUGCUUUAGCAUCAGCCGAACUUAGCCAAAGACUUUGUAGACUUCACACGGCCUCUGUACUCGAAACUCCCUCGCACACAGACUCUACGUCCAUCGAGAACGCAACAGCAGCCCCCGAGUCUUUCGAGCAAAAAGCCAAAUUAUUCACCUCCAGCGUCAGUGCCGCUGCCAGCAGGCAGAAUCUCGACAGUCUGGAACGACUUUGGGAUCAGGCACAAGAGAUAUUCACAGACGAAUCGUCACGAACGCCGGAACGUGCACCUCAGUCUGGGCUGCAGGUCUGGAACAGCAUGCUCCAGUCAGGUUUCGAACCGACUAUUCGUACUUGGAACAUUAUGAUGAAGAAUUGCCACAUUUCCCGAGACAUUAAUAUCAUGGAAUCCAUGUGGCAAUCCAUGAGAAAUUCUGGUAUCCAACCUGACGUGGUUUCAUGGAGCACCAGAAUAUAUGGCCAUUUCCGGAUCGGCGAACCUCGUGAUGGCAUGUCUGCGCUGGAAGAAAUGGGAAGGGACUGGAUCAACGCCCAAAACAGACGACGGUCAAAAUCUGCCAGCCUUGAGGACACCUCAGAGGCGGGUCAUAUUCCUAGCGUUCUAGCAUGGAGCCGGCGCUUCAAUAUUGAGCCAGACGUAGCCACUUACAAUGCGUUGCUUGCCAUCUCGCUUGGUGGAGGACAGGCAACAGAUGCGGCAAACAUACUACAGCGUAUGGCAGCGUCUGACAUCCAACCUAAUUCCGCGACCUUUACUAUCCUGGUUGACUCAAUGCUGUCGACAACGCUCGAUGACAUGACGCAAGACGAGCAGAAGGACAAAAUUAUAGACCUCAUUUCUUCGUUCGAAGGGUGUGGCAUGAAGGUCGAUGUUCAGGGAUAUGCUCUGAUCAUCGAUCGUAUGCUCAAGGACCAUAACAACCUGAAGGCGGCUAGAAGUGUACUGGCGCACAUGACUGCUCGCAAGGUAGCAUGUACACCUCACAUAUACACAAUUCUCAUGACGCAUUACUUUGACGCCAAUCCGCCCGAGCUUCUUGCUGCGGACGCACUUUGGAACGACAUACAGAGUUCGAGACAGGAAGUAACAAUGGACGUCAUCUUCUACGACAGAAUGGUAGAAGGAUUUGCAAGACAUGGCGAUGUCGGCAGGACGAUGGCCUUCUUAAAUCGCAUGAGCAAGGAGGGCAAGCGGCCUGGUUGGCUAGCCAUGAUUGCUGUAGUACAGUGUCUUGCGCGCAGCCAUGAAUGGGACAGAGUCGCACAGAUAGUCAUGGACUGUCACAAGCAAGAGGGACUCCUUAGCGUGGGUCUGCGAGGUAAGAAGGGACAGAAAGACUUCUGGGAGUACGUGGGAAGAUUGGCGGACAACGAGCUUUAUGGUAGCGAGCAUGGCAGGGAUGUCUUUGCGAUUGUCGAAGCGCAGAGAGCGGCUCUUGGAAUGUGA